AUGGAUAGGCUGCUAUCAUCUCUUAUUAACUUUCGUGUAAAUGAAGAGUUAGAAAAUAGUAGUAAUAUUAGUGAUAGAUUAUUAUAUAAAGUUUGGAAUAACAAAAUAAUAAGAGUUGAAAUUUAUAAACAUAUUUUAAAGUUUAUUGAACAUAGGGUUGUAGUUCUUGAUAAAUCACUUUAUGACCAGUUUACAGAUAAAUCAUAUAUAACAAGACUUAAAUGGUGUAGUGACCUACUACCAGAUACAAGUGAAUUUCCACCAUUUUUGACACAUUUAUAUUUGCACAGUUUUUCUAAAGAGUUAACUCAAACUUUACCAAAUACAAUUACUACACUUAUAUUCGGUGAUGAUUUUAACCAAAAUAUUCCAGACGGCACAUUACCAACUAGUCUCACAUCACUUACAUUCGGUCGUUAUAUUUCUAAAUUUAACAAAGAAUUUGGCACAUUACCAAAUAGUCUCACAACACUCACAUUCGGUUUUUGGUUUAACCAAGAAAUUAAAUCUGGCUCAUUACCAAAUAGUCUCACAACCCUCACAUUCGGUUUUUAUUUUAACCAAGUAAUUCUACCCAACUCAUUACCAAAUAGUCUCACAACACUCACAUUCGGUGAUAGUUUUAACCAAGUAGUUCCACCCGGAUCAUUACCAAAUAGUCUUACAACACUCACAUUUGGUAAAUGUUUUAACCAAGUAUAUCCACCCGGCACAUUACCAAAUAGUCUCACAACACUCACAUUUGGUUCUUCAUUUAACCAUGUAGUUCUACCCGACACAUUACCAAAUAGUCUCACAACACUCACAUUCGGUGAUAGCUUUAACCAAGUAAUUCUACCCGGAUCAUUACCAAAUAGUCUCACAACACUCACAUUCGGUGAUGAUUUUAACAAAUUAAUUCUACCCGGCUCAUUACCAAAUAGUCUUACAACACUCACAUUUGGUCAUUAUUUUAAUAAAGUAGUUCUACCCGACCAAUUACCCAACAGUCUCACAACACUCACAUUCGGUUUUUAUUUUAACCAAGUAGUUACACCCGGCACAUUACCAAAUAGUCUCACAACACUCACAUUCGGUAAUCGUUUUAACAAAGUAGUUCUACCCGACCAAUUACCCAACAGUCUUACAACACUCACAUUUGGUUCUUCAUUUAACCAAGUAGUUCUACCCGGCUCAUUACCAAACAGUCUCACAACACUCAUAUUCGAUUAUCAUUUUAACCAAACUAUUUCACCUGGCACAUUACCAGAUAGUCUCACUACACUCAUAUUCGGUGAAAAAUUUAACAAAGUAAUUCCACCCGACACAUUACCAAAUAGUCUCACAACACUCACAUUUGGUUAUGAUUUUAACCAAGUAAUUCCAUCAACAAAUCCAUAA